AUGGCUAAAAAGACGUCCAAACCUGCUUCUUCCUCCACGGCAGGAGCCAAGACUACGCCGCCUCCAGGUCAGCUUCUCAGCUUGGUCGGAAGUUUCUUGACCCAACACUCCCUCACCAGGGCCCACAGCGCGUUUCAGAAAGAGAUCAAGAAGAAUGGGUGGACGGCCUCUAGCGACGACGGUCAUCAGUCCCUCGUGACCAUUUUCCAAUCGUGGGAGAGAGCUCAGAAUAGCAAGCCCGAAUCCGAGGACGGCACGGAUGACGAUUCGAGCGACGACUCGAGCUCCAGCUCCAGCUCCAGCGACAGCAGCGGCAGCGACAGCAGUGAUGAUGAAAGUGAGAGUGAUGGCGAGAGCGAGGCCGCCAAAAAACCCAGAGUGGUCAGAAAGGCAUUGAAUCGGGCAGCCGCGCCUGCCAAAGCACUCACAAGCAAGGCCAAAUCCCUGAAGCGCAAGGUGCCUGUCGAUUCAAGCGCUUCCGACUCGUGUGACUCCAGCUCCGACUCCGAUUCGAAUUCGGAUACGAGCUCUGACUCCGAUGCCGAGCCAAAGACUAAAAAACAAAGGACCCUGAAGCCAGUUGCCAAGUCUGAUGCCGAAAGCUCCGAUUCUGACAAUGACACUGAAGACAACGGCAAGAUGGACCUGGACAGUGAUUCCUCGACUUCCUCUUCUGGAAGCGACACUUCCUCCAGUUCUGGGUCUGACUCGGGCAGCGACGGCGAGGCUGAAGCUAGAGCUGCUGCCAAGGUUGCUCUGCCUGAAUCUGAUGAUUCGACUUCCAACUCUUCCGACUCCGGCUCCGACUCCGACUCCGGCUCCGACUCCGACUCCGACUCCGACUCCGAGUUGGGCAAAACCAAGCACAAAAAAGCCAAGGUGGCCGACUCCAAAGCCUCGUCGGACACCUCCGUAACUCUCGAUGCGCAGUCGCCGGUGCCCCAACCCAAGAGCAAGGAGCCGCCACUGCCCCCGGAUCCUGUUCUCAAGGACCGCAAGAAGCAGAACGAGCCCUUUUCUCGUAUUCCCAAGAACAUUAAAGUCGAUCCUCGGUUUGCUUCCAACGAUUACGUCUCUGUGAAAUACUCGCAGCGAGCACACGAGGAUUUGAUUGUCACCAAAGGCAAAGGUUUUACCAAAGAGAAGAACAAGAAGAAGAAGGGCGGGUUCCGCGGGGGGGCCAUUGACAUUUCCCACUCCGGCAGCAUCUAUUUCGAUGACUAG